CACUCACGACGUUUAUAAAGCAGAGGGGUCGUCAGCCUUGUUCGUUCCUCUCCCAAAUCAGACUUCUCGAAAAUUGAGUUCAAUUUCUUCUACGGCCGCCUCGACCUCGAGCAGCGCGGACCGAGGAGACCCCCCGGGGAAAGAGAGGCCAUGGCUUCCUCUGCCCUGGGGAGAGCAGGAGGACGACUGAUCUCACCUGUGGCGGCGGCGGCGGCUGUGGUGCUAAUGGUGGUAGUAGCUGGGGCGGAGCCGGCGGCGGCGUGCUACCCGCGCGUGUUCAGCUUCGGGGACUCGCUGGCCGACACGGGCAACUUCCGCUACUACUACGGCAACAACUCCGGCGAGCCCGCGCUCCGGCCGCCCUACGGAGAGACAUUCUUUCGCCGCGCCACCGGGCGCUUCUCCAACGGCCGCCUCAUCCUCGACUUCAUCGCGGACACCAUGGGGCUCCCGUUCGUGCGGCCGUACCUGAGCGGGCGGCGCGCGGAGGACUUCGCGUGCGGGGCCAACUUCGCGGUGGGCGGCGCCACGGCGCUCGGCCCGGACUUCUUCCGCAACAGGGGUUUCAACAUCGGCGACGGGAGGGUGCACCUCGACUUGGAGAUGAAGUGGUUCCGCGACCUGCUGGACCUCCUCUGCCCCGGCGGCCGCUCCGGUUGCUCAGACAUGAUGAGCCAAUCCCUUUUUUUGGUUGGAGAAAUUGGGGGCAAUGAUUACAACCUACCUCUUCUCUCCAGAGUACCGAUUGAGAAGAUCCGCUCCUUCACACCAAGUGUUGUUGCCAAAAUUUCUUCUACAAUCACCGAAUUGAUUGGGCUAGGAGCCAGAACUCUGGUGGUUCCAGGGAACCUCCCAAUUGGCUGUGUCCCAAGAUAUCUAUCGAUUUUCAAGAGCGAUAACAAAGAAGAUUAUGAGCCAGAGAGUGGUUGCCUCAGGUGGAUGAACGAGUUCUCAGAGUACCACAACAAGCUUCUUGUGGAGGAGCUGGAGAAGCUGCGCAAGCUUCAUCCUGGUGUAUCUAUCAUCUAUUCUGACUAUUAUGGAGCUGCAAUGGAAAUUUUCCUUUCCCCUGAACGAUUUGGUAUUGAGGAACCUUUGGUGGCUUGUUGUGGUGGAGAAGGAACAUAUGGUGUGUCUCCAGCUCUAGCCUGUGGAUAUGGGGAAUACAAGGUGUGUGAUAACCCAGAUAAGUAUGGCUCAUGGGAUGGCUUCCAUCCAUCGGAAGCUGCAUACAAGGCCAUUGCAAUGGGCCUCCUUCGAGGAACAUACACACAACCGUCAAUUGCUUCCACCACCAGUUCGUGUCCAAAGCUUACUGAGCUGGCCUCCUCUGUUGAAUACAAGAGCCGCGGUACUGUACUGCACUUCACGGCUGUUGCCCAAGUAAUUGGUUGGGUUUUGUUUUACCUUUUCUUUUUUUAGUCACAGGUUACCAUUGUUCUUCAACUACUGCUCAAGUUGUGUCUUCUUUAUCGUUUUAGAUUUUAUAUAUGUAUAGUACUACUAGCGCUAAGCGUCCUCUCUUCUGUAUAGAGCUAGAGCUAGUGGUGGGGUAUUUAACAACUUCCCAUACUGAUUGGAUGAGUGGUGAACAAUUUGCCACUGUCAGAUAUUCACAUAACCCGUUAUUAUAAGGAAAGGGUACAGAUUCUUUGAUCAUCUUGGCUGGUUCAACAGAGAUGUCUAUUCUGUCCAUCCCUAAAUUUAUGAGUUUGUUUUAAGUCAAACUAUCCUAUUUUGACCGAAUUUAUAUAAAAGAAUAAUAAUAUUAACAACAAACUAUCCUAAAUACAUUAUGGAAUAUAUUUUUUGUACUUUACUUCUUUGAUGCAGUAGAUGUUACUAUUAUUCUUUAUUUAAUUCAUCAAACCUAGGAUAGUUCGACUUAGGACAGAAUCAGAAAGAAGUACUUGUAUCUAUGUAUGAGGUUGCAUUCGUUUCCGUUUCAUGUUUUCUUGUAAAGUGACAAGGAAAAGUCUAUGCAUAAUUGCACACUAAUGAUUUUUUACUAGGCAGCUACGAAGAAGGUUCCGCACGUGACCAACCUCCUUUCUCUCCUAAUCGGUUAUUAGUUAUGCUCAUAAUUAGGCCCAUCACUAAUAAAAGCAUGGUUGGUUUGCACUGUGCCAAUCCCAUCCUAGCCACCCCCCCCCCCAAAAAAAAAACCUGAAUUUCCUUCUAUCUUAUCUCAUUCGCAUAAUCUGAAUCCCAAAAACAAAUAUUUGUAUCCAUCUAUUCUCAGGCAUUAAUUUGGUUGGUGAUGUUUUAACACAUGAAGGUAUGCAUCUCAUAAUUUUUGCUUUUCUUAGUUUGAAACUAUACUAUAUACCGCUUCUAGUUUCUUAUCCAUACCGCAAUCAUUGGAAUGAUUCUCAACCAAUCCAAUAUCUGUGCUAUAUCUACUUCCAUUGUAAGUCAAUGACACUACUGCUGCAACCAAUUGUUAUCUAUUUUUUUAGUUAGGCUAUAGCUAUUGAUAUAAAUCUCUUGUUGCUCGUAGGCAAUAUCCAGUAACAUCCAAUGAAGUACAAGAAGAAAAUAUUGAGGAUAACAAUGAAUUUGUUACUGAGGAGAUAGAAGAUGAGUGUGAUGACCAAGUUGCAGAGGCAGACUUGGUACCCCCUGAGCCAAAGAAGGGAAUGAUUUUUGACACUAUAGAUUAUGCUUUUACCUUCUACAAGAGAGAUGCUAAAAGAAAGGGUUUCAUUAUUUGGAAGAAGAAGCUCCUGAACUGGUUAUGAUUAAAAGGUUAUGCGAUGCUAAACGCUCACCUGCAACAGACAAGGCAAAGGUUCAAAGGUUCAGUACUCAAAAUAUGCAUUCAAGUCCAAUCCGGCAAUCCCCUGCAACAAUGGACUGUCCAGCAUAUUCAUGCAUGAUCUCAGUCCUGGCAUAAUCCGCUUAUCUUAUUUACACGAGAGCAUAAUCAUGCAUAGUCCUGGCAAAGUAAUGUUUCUUAGAUAUCAAAGAAACUUGAUUUACAUGCAA